CUUAGAAUCCACAACCAAAACUUACCACCACAGUUCACACCCAUGUUAUCUGAUUCUGAGCUCACUAUGCAACAGUUGUGUGCAGCGAUGCAGUUGAACAGGUUCUUGUUCCAAGGAAUAGAAAGAAGAAGGUGGUUUGAUCACAUCACAAUAGUUUGAUCACAGAACACUAGUACAUUUAUCAGACUGCAGUGCCUCAAUAGGACCGAUUCAACCAGGGAUGAAGGUGACUCAACUAGAAUGUCUGUGUCUGAUUCUUCUACAUCUCCUACACACAGCAGGCUCUGAGAGUUUUGAGGUUCUUGGUCCAACUGAUUCCAUUGUUGCUGUAGCUGGUGAGGACAUCAUUCUGCCCUGUUACCUCAAACCCAACAUCAGUGCUGAGGACAUGACAGUGGACUGGCUGAACCUGGACUUCUUAGACGGUCGUGUAUUUCGUUACCAAAACAGCGAAAUCAUACGAGAUGAUCAGAUUCCCUCCUAUAGAAGAAGAACUUCACUGUUUAAAGAGGAACUGUGGAGGGGCAACACCUCUUUGAAACUGACCAGGGUACAAGGCACUGAUGAGGGACAUUACAAAUGCUUAAUUCAGUCAAAGAGCUGGUAUGAUGAUAUCACUGUUCAAGUCCUCGUUAAAGCUGUAGGAUCCAAGCCAGUGGUGUCCAUUGAGGGACACAGAGAGGGAGGGAUGGGUCUGCUGUGUGAAACAGAAGGCUGGCACCCUGAGCCUGAGCUGGUGUGGCUGGACAGUAAAGGAGUCCAUCUCUCUGCUGGUCCUCCUGAGAUAGAUAAAGACUUCAAGGGAUUCUACAGAGUCAAACAACAUGUCAUUGUCCAGGAGACUGACACCAACCGCUUUACCUGCAGAGUCCAACAGAGCCAGAUCAAUGAGAAGAUGGAGACAGAUAUUCACCUCCCUAGUGAGUAA